AUGUCUACCGCUGCUCAAAAACCUCUUAUUAGACCAUCUGCAUCAUUGAUUAUAGCUGCUCCAACACCCGGAGACGGAGUAAAGGGCGGCAGCAACUAUCGUGUUUUGAUGGUCAAAAGAAAUGCUCGAAGCAGCUUCAUUAAUGCUCAUGUAUAUCCUGGCGGCAUUGUGGAUACAGCAGACCAUUAUUUAAAUUGGAGCAAUGAUGCAUCUACCACAGAAUCAGAGGGAAAAAUCCUGACAAAUAAAAUUUGCGCUAUUCGAGAGACAUUUGAAGAAUCAGGCUUAUUAUUAUCCCACCCACCAGCCAACACCAUCAAGGCAUUAGACGCCAAUGUAUGGAGACACAAGGUUCACAAUGAUGCCACUCAAUUUAAAGUCAUGUGCGAUACCUACUCUAUUCGCCCUGCUGUCGACAAGCUGAUCCCCUUCUCCAAUUGGAUAACACCCGCUCAAGAAAAGAAGAGAUACGACACCAUGUUCUUCUUGACUGUAUUGGAAGAAUUCAAGACAAAGCAGGAGCAAGAUUUGCAUUUGAACGUGGUUUCCGCUGAUGGCAAAGAAACUGUCUUGUUUGACUGGCUCAAACCUGAAGAAGCACUCUUAAAGAAGCAGAACAAAGAGGUCGUUAUGAUCCCUCCUCAAUGGUAUUCUCUUUCACUCAUGAAUCAAAUCAAGGACUACAGAGACCUCGUCUCACAAGCAGGCGUUGAGGCAUUCAGAACCAAAUCAAAUCAGGUCAUUAAGAUUUUGCCGCAGGCAAAUCCCAGUGCCCCUGAUUCCAAGGAGGCUAAUGAUGGCUAUCUCUUCUAUUUGGCUUAUCCCGGUGAUGAACAGUAUCAAAGCACUGAAUACCUGUCGAAAAAGGGCAACAGACAUAGACUUUACAUCAAGGGUCGCAUGGAAGAUUUCCGUCUUGAGAGAAACGUGAAUGUCUCAGACAUUAUAAAGAGUAACUCAUCUAAUUUAUAA